AUGCUUCGCACUUCCAUCAUCAAGAGCGCGCGCGCAAUCGCCGCCCCCCGCUACUUCUCCGCGUCUGCUCUGCGCCUAACAGAGGGAGCUACCGGCUCUGGGGCCUCAAGACCCACGGGCAUGGCUGGCGGUGACGCCUUUACCAAGCGCGAGGCUGCCGCCGAGGAGCUCUACAUCCGUCAAGAGGAGAAGGCCAAGCUUCUGGGCAUCAAGGAGAAGCUCCGACAGCAAAAGAAGCACAUGGACGAGCUGGAAAAGCACAUUGACGAUGUCAUCAAGGAAUCUGAGGCUUCCGGCCAAGGCGAGCAGAAGUAA